UGUGUGUGUGUGUGUAUUCGUUGUUUCCCAGCACAGGGACACAGCAGGAUGACCACAUCGCAGAAACACCGGGAUUUUGUGGCUGAGCCCAUGGGAGAGAAGUCGGUCCGGUGCCUAGCGGGAAUCGGCGAGGUCCUUGGGAGACGGCUGGAGGAUCAGGGAUUCGACAGGGCGUACGUGGUGCUGGGACAGUUCCUAGUCCUGAAGAAGAACGAGGAACUCUUCAAAGAAUGGCUGAAGGACACAUGCCAGGCUAACUCCAAGCAGUGCAUCGACUGUCACACCUGUCUGCGGGAAUGGUGUGACGCCUUCCUGUAAACCUCCUGGCCUCCACUCGCCCUCUCCCUUUAUACUUUUAUUGAUAUUAAAAUGACGUUAACUUAUAGCUCUGUACCCAGCACCCCACCCCACCCCCGCCA